AUGAAGGCGCUCAAAAGCUUGAGAUGGCCAAAGAUGCUCAAAAAACUGUUUCAUCUGCUCAAAAAGGACGUGCUGCUGACGUGGCGCUCCAAAACGUGGACCAUCUUCGAAAUCGUGCUGCCGCUUUUGUUGAUCAUCGGACCCGCGGUGAUGGUGAAGCUGGUGAGCGGACAAAACGCAUCGGCGACGCACGGUCUCAAUGGGGCGCACUUGCAACAGGCGGGCUGUGUCGAUUUACGCGGCGGCGGCCGAUUAAUUAAUUUUUAAUUUUUCGAGUUCGCGCGUUCUUUCCAUGUUUUCUGCACAAUACACCUAUUUUUUUAUACGCCCCACGGUCUCCAGAGCUGACAAUAUGGGCGUGGCCUCGGCGGCCAAAUGGCGUUUUCAUGAAUUGAGCAGAUUUUCUCUGAUUUUUGUGGUCAAAGGCGAUGAAAAAUGAUUGUUCGACAUGAAAACACACUAAUUCUCAGAAUUAAUGACGUUUUGGCGCAUUUUUCGCCGACUUUGCUUUUUCGCCAUUUCAUUUUGCGCUUUCUUGACCGUUUUCAGACAGAAUUGGUUUUGAGAAUGAUAAAUCACGUAAAUACAAGCAUUUUGAGCGCUCGAACCGCGAAAAUUACCGAAAAGCAACUGAAAUUCACGCAGUUUUAGCGAAAAACCUUCAAACGGAUAAAUGUGAUUUGCGCCUUGACCAAAUUUAACGCUCUUGCGCUUAAAAAAUUCGUAAAAGCCUAUACAAUCGGUCUAUCGAGAGACGAACGAGAAAUUAUCGAUUUUUCGUGGCUAAUCUCGCAAAAAACACAAAUUUUGCUGUUAAAAUUUGAAUUUCGCGCCAAUGUAUCGCUCUAUUGGGCGGGGCGCACUUGCGCGCCCAUUGUCAGCUCUGGAGACCGUGCGCCCGGAACCUGGCGUCGAAUAAUUAGAGCAUUAGCUACGUUUUGGUAACAGAAAUCUCGCAUAUCGUUGAGAAUUAGCCGAGUUAUUUCGAUUUGAACGUUUUGGCCUGGAUUUUGAUGUUUUUCGAAUAGUUUUCGAAAACUGCUCAAGAAAACUAACCGCCGAAACCUGAAUUUUGUGAAGAAAGAUUCAGCGAACAUUUUUAUCGUUUGUUGCGCUCAUGAAAUGCAAAAUGAGCUGAAAUAUAAAGAUUUUAAGUUUUGACGAAAUGCGAAAAACAUGAAAAACUCUAAAUUCGUAAAAUAUUGUUUUCAAGACGUUUUUCAAGUCAAAAAGAAAGAAAAGUGCAUUUUUAGACGUGCAAAUUUUCAAAAAAGUUACACAACGACACUCCGCAAUUUACGAGCGCACUGUGUUUAGCAUUAGCGCCCCCUGGGAGACCGUGUAACAAUGAAAAGAGGUGCGUUUCAGUUGAUGAAUCGGAUCGGCGAACAGCUGGCGGCGAUUUCGCAACAACCCGAUUUCCAGAAGGACAUUUAUUCGCCGUUCGUUUACGUGGACGGGUGCGGCGUGCACGCGGCAAAAGUCAAGAAUUAGUGAGUGUGGCGGGGGAAAGCUAGGCCACGGCCUUGCGGGGAAAGCUAGGCCACGGCCUCGACUAGAAGAAGAGCAGGCAUUGGAAGUUAGGCCAUAGGGUUUUCGAUGAACUACUAGGAAUUGGUGGCCGAAGAGAAAAAGUUAGGCCACGGAAGGAGGAGCAAUAGUAUCGAUUUCCCUUCGCUGACAUGUACUUGGCCUAACUUUCCGCGCGCGGCCGCAAAAGAUCGGCCACAAUUUCAGCAUGGCCGAAAGCGAACUACAAUACCACAAAGGCAACGUUUUCGCGUGGGAACGAGGCGAUCGCGGCAAGAUGAUUCGGCGGAUUCGAGUGGAGCAAUGCGGAAAUUACACGCACGUCGCCUACAAUGUCGAGUCGGACAUGAGCAGUACACUCGUGAUGCCGCUGGUCGGACGGCACACCAAGUCAGGCAGACCGACAAUAUCCGCUUCGGAGUGGUCGGCUUUCGACGAGUAUUGUAGAGCUGAGAAAAGUCGUCGUGGUCCAGAACUUUUUUUGGGGAAAAGUUCAUGCCUAGUACUUCAUUUUUCCAGUUUAUCACUUUUUUCUACGACCAUUCUCGGGGGUACUGUAGCUCCUGGAAGUUGCGGCUAGUUUAGCGCAUGCGACCGGAUGACUCAACUUCAAAGAGCUACAGUACUCCAGAGAUUGGUCGUCGAAAAAAGUUGUCAACUACAAAAUUAUAGCGCGAAAUGUGAACUUUGUUUUUGCAGUUGAUCGUUUUUUGGCGCCACGUCUCUGAAGCCUACAAUACUCGUUCUCAAAGUGCAAACGGAAAAAAAUGUGAAAAAUUCCAGAAAAACGUACAUGUUCCUCGGCUAUCAGUACAUGAUGAACAAGAUCCUAUUCGGCCUCAUCCAUCGCCUUCAACAGCACGGACUUGAGUUCGAGCAGGUCUACACGAAUAGCCUGGACACGUCGAAACUGCCAGCGUGGAGCGAUCGGCAGGUUCCGAACUUUGACCACAAACUGUUCACUUUGCCACGUCCCGACUUUCCGCCCAUCUCGAGCCUCAUCAUUUUGGCGUUUCCGUACAUUUAUGCGGUUUGUAUGGCGUUGCCGGUGAUUAGUAUGACCAGAAAUGUGCUCGUCGAGAAGGAGACUGUCAAGGUAAACUUUGAACGAGUAUUGUAGCUUUACGGCGACGUGCUACACAAAACAUGUCAAGUACAAAGUUACAGCGCUAAUUAUGAACUUUAUUUUUGUAGUUGAAAGUUGUUCGAUAGGACCACUCUCCGGGGUACUGUAGCUCUUGGAAGUUGGGACUAGUUUCAGGCAGAAGAAUUGCAAUCCUAGCUUCCAAGCGCUACAGUACCCCAGGGAGUGGGUUUGCAAAAAAGUUGUCAACUACAAAAAUACAGCUCACAUAUUAGCGGUCAUUUUUGUAGUUGACCACUUCUUUCUAAAACCACUCUCUGGGGUACUGUAGCGCUUGAAAGUUUGAACUAGUUUUCAUCACAUAAACGUUUAGACCCAACUUCCAAGCGCUACAGUACCCCAGGGAGUGGGUUUGCAAAAAAAGUUGUCAACUACAAAAAUGGUGUACCAGACGUAAACUUUUCACAAAAAAAUUUUCAGAGUCAUAGGACACUUUCUAAGCGUACAAUUCUCGUUUUCAAAUUGUCUUCUUUCAGUUUUUGAGCUAUCAUCGUUCGUUGUCUGAAAUUCAAUACAAAAACAGUUUUGUCGAUUACUGUAGCUCUAAUCUUCCAAAAUUGUAGCCCUACCUGACCGCAAUUGGUCUGCCAACGUGGCUUUUCUACGUGGAACACUUCAUCUUCGGAAUCUGCAAGUCCACCCUCCUCAUCACGACUUUAUCACUAAUCUGGGUCUAUAUGGUCAAGGUAUAGAGUGGCAGUACUUAAAAUAGGCCACGCCCCCUCUUCCCCGAACGUUUUCCAGAACUUUCCGGGCGUCGUGAUCGUCGGAAUCUUCGCCUACACGCUCAAUUCGAUCUCGUUCGCCAUCCUCGUCUCGACCGUAUUUCCGUCGUCGAAACGAGCCGUCGAAGGGAUGGUACUCGUUUGGAUGGGAAGUCUCGGCUUCAGUAUACUCUACCCGAUACGUGGACCCGGAGCCAUGACGUGGAUAUUGUCGUUGAACGCGAAUCACGCGUUCGCCACCUUCAUCAAAGCGGUCACCUAUCGUGCGGGCCCUGAUGGUCGGUUUCUCGAGUAUUGUAGGCUUGGAAAUGUUUGGAGUGAAAAGUUUAGGAAUAGUACUUGGGUUUUGUACUUGACCACUUUUCGGUACACUCGCUCCGAAGAGUACUGUAGCUCUUGGAAGUUGGGACUUGUUUAGGGUGCGCAAUUUGCAGUUCUAACUUCCAAGCGCUACAGUAUCUUUGGAAGUGGUUUUAGAAAAAAGUUGUCAACUACAAAAAUAAAGUUUAUAAAUUGUACUACACUUUUGUAGUUGACAACUUUUUUGUACGCUCACUCCUACGAGUACUGUAGCUCUUCGCGCCCCCAAAUUGACGCCAACUUCCAAGAGCUCUACAGUAGUGCUAGAGGUGGUGCUAGAAAAAAGUCGUCAACUGAAAAAAUGCACUACUAAACGUCGAGAUUUCAGGAAUAAGUUUCGGCGAGCUGUUCUCCACCAAAUCGCGAGAUCUUCAAUGCGCCGCCGUCUACCUCUUUUUCAUGAUUUUCAACGCGAUUUGGCAGCUUUUGGCGGCGAUUUUCAUCGAGAAAGCCGUCGAAACGUUGCAUCUUUUCAUCAUGAGAACGUUUUGGAAUCGACUCUCCAAACUGCAACUUUGCUCGAAGAUGAGGGUGAAACUCAAGUUUUGGAAGAAGCGAACAACGGCGGGCAACGCGGAUCAUAAGAGAGGAACCGGCGGGACCGGCACCAUUUUGAACUGUGAGCAACUUGUGGAGGGACGCUCGAAAGCUCGCGCCGACGUGGAAUUGAACGGACUCGUGAAAAUGUUUGCGAACGGCGAGAAAGCGGUGAAUGGACUGACGUUGAGGGCGGUGCGCGGACAAGUUUCCGUACUUUUGGGACACAAUGGAUGCGGAAAAAGCACGACGUUCGGCAUGAUCACCGGCAUGUGCAAGGCGACCGAAGGUGGGCGGCAAUUAAAAGUUCACAUGCCGAUUUUUAAGAUUUUUUUCAAAAAAGUUGGCGGCGAAAUGGAAGAGCUGGCCGCGAUUUUUCUAGUCCCUCCCGGAUGGAAUUCCCCUUUCUUCCGAUUUUUUUCCGUUUUCGUGCCAAUUUCUAAAAUUUUCAAUUGUUUUUACACUGAACACACUUAUUUGCAAUAUUUUUAAAAAAUUAUGUUUUUUUCUGUGCCGUGACGCCAAAAAAGUCGAUAAUCGGAAACUUUUUUUUUGGUGUUUUUCCGGGUUUUUCGCUCAAUCGUUGCAAAGUAAAUAGAAAGAGAUCGCUCAAUCAUUUCCUGAGUCUUAAUUAAAGUUUGCGAGUUACAGAAAGUUAUAUUUUUCAAAGUUAUGCGAAAAAUCCAAAACUUUCUAUUUUUGGUUUUACUUUUGGUUUUUGGUUUUAGAGGCUGAUUUUUUCUGAAUUUUGCAGGAAUUUUGAAAGUUUCAGAUUAUCGAUUUUUUUGGCGUCACGGCACAGAAAAAAACAUAAAUUUUUAAAAAAUAUUUUAAAUAAGUGUGCUUAGUGAAAAAACGAUUGAAAAUUUUUUUCGUUUUUUUACGUCAAAAAAUCCAAUUCAGCGAUGUAAAAAAACGAAAAAAACGGAAAACAAGCAUACGCUGAAUAGCCCCAUUACAGGAUAAGGCUGGACUAACGUCUAUUUUAAGGUGGUGUCCAACGUGACAAACAACAUGUUUUUAAAAUAAAGCCCAAGUGGGACUUUCCCGAAGUCCCGAAUUACGAAAAAAAAAUUCCCAGAUUUUUAAGAUUUUUUUCAAACAAGUUAAUGGUACCGAGAGAAGAGAGUCCCCGGAUGGAAUUCCCUUUUCUUCCGAAUUUUUUCCGUUUUCGUGCAAUUUUCUUAAAUUUUCUAUAGUUUUUUCACUGAACACACUUAUUUGCAAUAUUUAAAAAAAUUAUGUUUUUUUCUGUGCCGUGACGCCAAAAAAAUCGAUAAUCUGAAACUUUUUUUUGUUGUUUUUCCGGGUUUUUUGCCCAAUCUUCGGUUUGCGCGCUGAAAAAUAAAUAUAAACUCCAGAGAAUGGUUGUACGAAAAAGUGUUCAACUACAAAACGAAAAUUCACAUUCGGCACUAUAAUUUUGUAGUUGACAGCUUUUUUGUACAACCAUUCUCUGGAGUACUGUAGCUCUGGGAAGAUGGCGCUGAAGCGCAAAAACUAGUACCAACUUCCAAGCGCUACAGUAGCCCAGCGAGUGGUUGUACGAAAAAGUUGUCAACAACAAAAGUGUAGCACUUUUUAUGUGCUUUAUUUUUGCAGUUGACAACUUUUCUCUACACCCACCCCCAAAAAUGUUGUAGCGUUUUGAAGUUUGAGCAUGCAAAACUUCCAAAAAGCACACUUUUCUCAUCAAUUUUUGUUGAUUUUUCAGGAAAAGUGCUGAUCACCGGAAUCGAUGCGCACUUGAAACGAUCGGAAACGCGAAAAUGCAUCGGCUACUGUCCGCAAACGAACCCCCUCUACGAGAAGUUGACGGUAAUGGAGCACCUCGAGCUGAUAAACGCGAUAAAAGGCGCGGCGCCGGAGCGUUUUCGCGCCGAAGCCGACAAUAUUCUCUGGCAGAUUGGGCUCUACGAUCAGCGGAAGAUGCUCGCAAAGCGGCUUUCGGGCGGAAUGCGUCGAAAACUCGCCGUUUGCAUGGCGAUGAUCGGCGGCAGUCGCGUCAUUCUUUUGGACGAACCGACGGCCGGCAUGGAUCCGCGCGCCCGUCAAGACGUGCAGAUGAUGUUGACGAGGCUGAAACGCGAUCGGACCAUCCUCGUCACCACUCAUUUUAUGGACGAAGCCGAACGGAUCGGCGACUGGGUGUUUGUGAUGUCGCACGGACGGAUGGCCGCCGCCGGCUCCGUACAUUUUCUCAAGCAAAAGUUUGGCGAGGGAAUGGAAAUGUCGAUGGUGCUGAGGAGUGCGGCGACGGUCGAGCUCAAGGAGCAGCGGACGAUCGCGUUGAAAGUAUGCCAGACGUUUAUUCGGACGGCGAAAGUGGUGAGUCGGUGCGAAACGAUUUUGCUCAGCUGCUGUUGGAGAUAUCGAAAAGUGGUCAACUAGAAAAAUGUUUAUUAGGAAAUUGCGCACAUUUGCUCAGUUGAACACUUUUUGAUAUCUCUACGCACAACCGAGAUAAAUCACAUGGAAAUCUAGGCAAUUUGUAUGUGAUAAGGGGGGACUAGUUUUCGCGAUUGAGAAAGUUAGGCCACUUGUGAAUUAGGCCACGAGGUUUUUGAAAUUUUCAGAAGGACGAACGCGGUGAAACACUCGAAAUCAUUGUGCCGGAAGCGGAAAAACCAAAGCUCGCCGCGCUGCUCAAGUGUCUCGAAGCGAUUUCGGAGAAGAAUUUCUGGUCGCCGCACCUUGAGCCACUCGGCGCCGAGCUAAAGGGAACAGUGCAGCGGCUCGAGCUGCUGACGAUCGGAAUCUCGACGAGCUCGCUCGAACACGUCUUCGUGCGGAUCGGCGACGAGUGCGACGCCAUUCUCGACGGUCUCAAGGAUCGAAAAGAGGCGCAUCGGACGAGAUUCGAGAAUUUGGUGCACUUGAAAAGACGUGAGUGGUCCGUCGGACUCUUGUCGUAUAAAUUGACACGUUUCCAGAAAAACCGUACCACUUUGUGCUCGUGUUCGCGAUGAAAUGUGUGGCGCUUUUGGAGAAACGGCUCUACUAUUUGUACCGUAACAUCACGCAAAUCCUCAUCCAAUUUGUGCUUCCGAUGGCCGUCCUCUGGUAUUUCGCCGUCAUGUUCUUCAAUUUGAAAGAGGACGCGGCAGUCAGUGAGUGACUAACGAGCACCGCAACUUGGCUGUCGGCAAAGUCCGCAAAACAAGUGGUCAACUGAGUAAUUUUCGGCAAGAGUGGGGCGCGCGCGAGCGGCAAGCGAACAGCAUGUCUCACGCACGUAUUCGGCAUGGCAUCAGCAUGGAUAAGGCGUGCAACAGAAAAGAGUGGGAUGGGAGGGAGGGAAGCAAGGUUUUUGAGCGGCACGCCAGCAGCAAUGGUAGCAGCGCGUAGCAGGCAUGGAAUCGGCACGCUUACAGCAAUUUGCCGCGGAAAACGGCACGGAUGCCGCUUCCGCUUCAUGCGGCAACUUGCCGAAAAUUACCAGAGUUCUUUGUGAACAAUUCAUCUGUCUGUUGACACCUUGUUGAUGGCUCUACCGCUCUCAGCCAAGAUGUGACGUUUUAAAGGUGGUGUCCAACGUGACAUACAAUAUAUUUUUUAAAUAAACGUCGAAGUGGGCCAUUCACGUUCCCAAAGUCCCGAAUUACGAAAAAAAUUCCCCGGAUUUUUAAGAUUUUUUUCAAAAAAGUUAAUGGUACCGAGAGAAGUGGUGCACGGCGAAACGGAAGAGCUGGCCGAGAUUUUUCUAGUCCCCCCGGAUGGAAUUCCCCUUUCUUCCGAUUUUUUUCCGUUUUCGUGCAAUUUUCUUAAAUUUUCUAUCGUUUUUUCACUGAGCACACUUAUUUGCAAUAUUUAAAAAAAGUUAUGAUUUUUUCUGUGCCGUGACGCCAAAAAAAUCGAUAAUCUGAAACUUUCAAAACUCAGCGAAAUUCAGAAAAAAUCAGCCUCUUUUUGUAAAACCGAAAAUAGAAAGUUUUGGAUUUUUCGCAUAACUUUGAAAAAUAUAACUUUCUGUAACUCGCAAACUUUAAUUAAGACUCAGGAAAUGAUUGAGCGAUCUCUUUCUAUUUACUUUUCAACGAUUGAGCGAAAAACCCGGAAAAACAACAAAAAAAAGUUUCAGAUUAUCGACUUUUUGGCGUCACGGCACAGAAAAAAACAUUAUUUUUUUUAAUAUUGCAAAUAAGUGUGUUCAGUGAAAAAACCGAUUGAAAAUUUUAGAAAUUGGCACGAAAACGGAAAAAAAAUCGGAAGAAAGGGGAAUUCCAUCCGGGGGGACUAGAAAAAUCGCGGCCAGCUCUUCCAUUUCGCCGCCAACUUUUUUGAAAAAAAUCCUAAAAAUCGGCGAAUUUUUUUCGUAAUUCGGGACUUUGGGAACGUGAAUGGCCCACUUUGAAGUUUAUUUUAAAAAUUAAAAAAUGUGUUGUAUGUCACGCUGGACACCACCUUUAAAGUGAGCAUGUCGAAAUUUUGAGAGAACAUGAUUGAAAUCGAGUCGCUCGACCUUUCGGUCUACCCCUAUUCUACCGUAAUCGUGCAACAACAGCUCACAAACGACACGCGGCUCAUGGACUAUUUGACAACGUUUGAUAAUCUUCAAAUCAUUGAGACGGACUAUUCGCUCAAUGUUUCCGAGCUCGUCGCCGAGCAUUCCGCUGUAAUUCCGCGUCCAAAGUCUCGGAAAACCCGCGAAUUUUGCAGUCCAAAGUCGGCAGAAAUUUGCGGGAAAUCCGGGGUGCGCACAGCUGAACGAGUGUUACCGUACACCAUAAAACUACGGUAUUUUUUGAAAAUUUCCCCAAGAAAUUUGAAAAAUUUCAAAUAUUCUCGAGAAAUUUAAAUUUUUUCAAAAAAUACCGUUGAAAAUUUACCCAAGAAAUUUGAAAAAUUUCAAAUAUUGUCGAGAAAUUUAAAUUUUUUCAAAAAAUACCGUAGUUUUAUGGUGUACGGUAACACUCAACUUUUCUGCCGACUUUGGACUGCAAAAUUCGCGAGAUUUGCGGGUUUUCCGAGACUUUGGACGUGGCAUAAAGGAGCCGUAUUCGUUUGAGAAUUCACUAUGACACAUUUCAGGGUCUUCAACGACUCGGAUUCAUUAUAAAAGUGAGCAACGAGACGGAAGUCUCAAUCUACUAUAACGAUGAGAGUCCGAAGAAUGCGGCGAUCCUAAUCAACUUGCUUGCCACGUGUAUGUACUUGAAACUCGGUCCGGAUCUUCAGUUUUCCACGGAUUUACCGCACAUUUCGUCUCGCGUCAUUUGGGUGCUCAAUCAACUUCGUGCCGGAAAUGUUCGCGCGGCCUAGCCUAGAGAUUUCUAGGCCACUCUUUUCGUCAAUUUUCAGAACGUCUUUAUGGACGUGCUCACGUGGAUGAUCCUUUUUGCGACGAUUCUCGCCGGCGCCGUCAUCCAGUCCGUCGUUUUUGUCAGCGAGGAGAGACUCGCCCGUUUCACGCAUCAACAAACGCUCACCGGACUGAAUUCGGCCACGUACUGGGCGGUCACUUUUUUCUUCGACCUCAUCACCUAUUCGGUGAUUGUCUCGUUCACGAUGGCGUUUGUCAUCGAAUACGGAGCGUUUGAGACGCGCGAAUUGGAGUGAGUUGGCAACGAGUAUUGUCGUCUUACUAGCGAAUGGCCCGCACUUACCUUGGGCUUUUGGAAUCGGACCUACAGUAGCGGCCACUGAAAUAUCCCCUUUUGGUUUUUCCGCUGUAACUUUUUUUAGAGAAGAGCUAGGAACUUGAGGUCAGCUGUGAAAAUUUUGCAAAAUGAGCCAGAAACACACGGAGCUCUCCAUUUUUGCUAACGAGCACUGGCUGCCGAGAAAAUCUGAAAGUUCAUCUUUGGCGACCUGUAUCUCAAGAACCACGCGUCCGUUGCAAAAAUGGUCAACUAGUAAGUUAACGCAAAUUAUCUCGUGAAUAACUUUGUAGUUGAUUGUCUAUUUUAAAAAAAAUUAGUUUUCGAGUUAUGAACUGUUUUCCUAUCGUCGCUCUGACCUCAACACUAACUUUUUUCUAGUCGCUCUUGGAAAACAGUUCAUAACUCGAAAACUAAUUUUUUUUUAAAUAGACAAUCAACUACAAAGUUAUUCACGAGAUAAUUUGCGUUAACUUACCAGUUGACCACUUUUGCAACGGACGCGUGGUUCUUGAGAUACAGGUCGCCGAAGAUGAACUUGCAGAUUUUCUCGCCAGCCAGUGCUCUUUAGCAAAAAUGAAGAGAAAUUCUCUUUAAAAUCAUCAAGGUCCCAUUCCAAAAGCCCAAGGUAAGUGCGGGCCAUUGGGUUUACAGUAAACGUGUCUACUAGAACUAGAAAAAUAGAGUUUUCAAGUCGAGUUCACUUUAAUUUUGGUGUUGAUCACUUUUUUGUAAAGCCGCGCUAACUUCAACGAUCUACCGUACCCCGGGGAGUGAGUGUAGAAAAAAUUGGUCAACUAACAAAAUAUGGGAAAUAUUGUAAGGAAUAUUUUGUUAGUUGACACCUUUUUGAUAUCUCGAUUGCUCGCCGAGAUAUACAAUUUUGAAUGGACACCAUUCGCUUCUCCAGAAUCGUGCUCCUCCUCUACUCGCUCUUCUUCUGCCUCAUCCCGCUCGUCUACAUCGUCUCGACGCUCAUCGAUUCGCCAGCAAAAGGAUCGUUUCUCCUCUACAUGUACUGCACCGUCCCCUACAUUCUGUUCCUCGUCUCGUGGAUCGUGCUCACCUCCACCAAUAAGGACUCGUACAAAAAAUGGUCACAGGUACUAAUUUGCGCCACACUAACUAACCCUAAUGCCGCGUCCAAAAAGUCUCGGAAAACCCGCAAAUCUCGCGGAUUUUGCAGUCCAAAGUCGGCAGAAAUUUGCGGGAAAUCCGGGGAGCGCACAGCUGAACGAGUGUUACCGUACACCAUAAAACUACGGUAUUUUUUUGAAAAAAAUUAAAAAUUUCUCGAGAAUAUUUGCAAUUUUUUUCAAAUUUCUUGGGUAAAUUUUUCAACAGUAUAGAAAAAAAUUUAAAUUUCUCGACAAUAUUUGCAAUUUUUUUCAAAUUUCUUGGGUAAAUUUUUCAACGGUAUUUUUUUGAAAAAAAUUAAAAUUUCUCGAGAAUAUUUGCAAUUUUUCAAAUUUCUUGGGUAAAUUUUUCAACAGUAUUUUUUUUAGAAAAAAAUUUAAAUUUCUCGACAAUAUUUGCAAUUUUUUUCAAAUUUCUUGGGUAAAUUUUUCAACGGUAUUUUUUUGAAAAAAAUUUAAAUUUCUCGAGAAUAUUUGCAAUUUUUUUCAAAUUUCUUGGGUAAAUUUUUCAACGGUAUUUUUUUGAAAAAAAUUAAAAAUUACUCGAGAAUAUUUGCAAUUUUUUUCAAAUUUCUUGGGUAAACUUUCAAAAAAAUACCGUAGUUUUAUGGUGUACGGUAACACUCGUUCAACUGUGCGCGCACCCCGGAUUUCCCGCAAAUUUCUGCCGACUUUGGACUGCAAAAUCCGCGAGAUUUGCGGAGUUUCCGAGACUUUGGAAUAAACCAAACCGGUUUUGCAGAUGGCAUUCCGCGCGUUCAAUCCCACAAUCGCAAUGAUUUUGGGCGUGAUGAAGGUGGCGGCGGUGAGCUACGGAAAUUCGCUCAAAGUCGUCUACCGUAUGGCCGAUGUUUGGCAAUUUGACGGAUUGAGUGCGUGGCAAUUCAAUAUCCACCGAUAUUGUACGAUUGUUUGCAGUCAUCGAACUCAUUUUCAUGGCCUCCUUCUCGCUAUUCUUCACCGUAAUCCUUUGUGUGCUAACGAAUCGACGCGUUCGUCGAUGUUGUUAUUGGUGCACUCAUUGCAAACCGAAACCACGGAGCCGAUUCCAUUAUGUAAAAAAAAAGUGGAUCGACAAUAUUCAUUUACGAUUUGCAGAAAGAACUCGAAGCGUGCGCGGCUGUUAACGACGAAGAAGCGUUGAUUGCGAAACUUGAUCAAAAACAGAAGAUUGUGGUGAUUGAGGUUGGUUGCCGAGGCGAUAUUGUAGGUUUACGAAACUUUUACCUCAGAAUCUGACGAAAGAUUUUGGGAAAACGAGAGCGUUGAACGCGUUUUCGGUCGCGAUUGCUCAUGAAGAAUGUUUUGGACUUCUUGGCGCGAAUGGAGCCGGAAAAACGACGGCUUUCGAUAUUAUCACUGGCCUAAAACAGGCGUCCGGCGGAAAAGUGAUUGUGGACGGGAAGAAUAUCAAGAAGAGGAUUGUACGUUUGAACGUUUGGGCUACAGUACUCUUUGGAGUGGUGCUAGAGAAAAGUUGUCAACUGGAAAAAUGAAGUUUAUAAAAAGUACUAUAAAUUUGUAGUUGACAACUUUUUUGUACGCUCACUCCUAAGAGAACUGUAGCUCUUAGAAGUUGGAGGACGAGUUUGCGACACCGAAAAUGCAUUCCGAACUUCCAAGAGCUACAGUAACCCAGGAAGUGGGCGUACGCAAAUGUUGUCAACUAGCAAAAUAAAGUACAAUUAAUGAACUUUAUUUUUGUACUUGACAACUUUUUUGUACAAUCACUGCCUGGCCUACUGUAGCUCGUCGAAGUUUGCCAUCUUCAGAACGUUGGCUACUGUCCGCAAUUCGACGCGCUUCUCGAUCAGAUUUCCGGACGACAAACUUUGAGAAUAAUGGCACGACUUCAAGGAUAUCGAAACAUCAAUAAAAUUGUCGAAUUGGUGUUGGAGUGUAUUGGAAUGAAGAGGCACGGAGACAAGAUGAUCAAGAAUUGCAGGUGAGUGAGACCCAACUUUCAAGCGCUACAGUACUUCAGGGAGCAGUUUCAGCAAAAAGUUGUCAACUAGAAAAGUGAAGUGCGUCACUUGAACUCUAAUUUUGUAGUUGACAACUUUUCGCCACAACCACUCGCAGCCGCUCAACAAUACUCGUUUGCAGUGGCGGCCAAAAGCGGAAGCUGUCCGUCGCCGUCGCGCUCAUCUCUCGUGCCAAGUGCGUUGUGCUCGACGAGCCGACGGCCGGAAUCGACCCGCGAGCGCGUCGUGAAAUCUGGGACAUUUUGCACGCGAUCCGCGUCCAGUGCCGCUCCUCGAUCCUCCUCACGUCGCAUUCGAUGGAGGAAUGCGAGGCGUUGUGCACGCGGAUCGGCGUGCUCCGCCACGGAGAAAUGAUCGCCGUGGGCACGAGUCAAGCGCUCAAAUCGCAAUAUUCCAACCAUUUUGUGAUGACGUUCACUUUGCGCGGAGAAGUGGACCGCGAGGCCGUGUGCACGACGGUGCUCGCCGAAAUGCCGCACGCGGAACUGAAGACGUCGGACACGAGUUUGGGAUUGAACCUCGUUUGGGAGGUGAGCAGGCGCACUUGCAACACGCGGGCUGUGUCGAUUUACGCGGCGGCGGCGGCGGCCGAUUAAAGGACCAGGGAACCCAAAAAUUUUUUGAUUUUUUUGUGACUGCUUGAAUUGUCUCUUAUUGCCACUCAUACACUGGUGAAAUGCUGCCUCUCAGAAAUGCCAAUGAACGAAACGGCUUGCAGUUGAAGUUGUGGCCGUGGCCUAGCGCCAAUGGCCUAGAAAUAUGCGCUUCUCGGCCAUUUUAUUUUUUCCGCUUUUUUACCGGUUUUUUUCCAAAAAUUCACGGUUUCUCCCAUUUUUCAGUUGAUUGACAUUUGUUCGGCACUUACUCAUUUUUUUACUGUUAAAAAAUUGUUUUUAUUCAGUCGAUACACGAAGUCGCGAGUUUUUCGAUUUUAUCGCGAAAAAACCGAUAAAAAAGCGGAAAAAAUUAAAAUGGCCGAGAAGCGCAUAUUUCUAGGCCAUUGGCGCUAGGCCACGGCCACAACUUCAACUGCACGCCGUUUCGUUUGGCAUUUUUGAGAGGCAGCAUUUCACCAGUGUAUGAGGCAAUAAAAGACUAUUCAAACAGUCACAAAAAAAUUUCACAAAAAAAUCAAAAAAUUUUUGGGUUCCCUGGUCAUUUAAUUUUCAACGGGAGGCCGCGCGUUUUUUCCAUGUUUUCUGUAGAAUACACCUAUUUUUUUGUACGCCUGGAACCUGGAUUCGAAUAAUUAGAGCACUAGCUACGUUUUGGUAACAGAAAUCUCGCAUAUCGUUGAGAAUUAGCCGAGUUAUUUCGAUUUGAACGUUUUGGCCUGGAUUUUGAUGUUUUUCGAAUAGUUUUCGCGAAAACUGCUCAAGAAAACUAACCGCCGGAACCUAGAUUUUGUGAAAAAAGAUGCAGCGAACAUUUUUAUCGUUUGUUGCGCUCAUGAAAUGCAAAAUGAGCUGAAAUAUAAAGGUUUGAAGUUUUGACGAAAUGCGAAAAACCUGAAAAACUCUAAAUUCGUAAGAUAUUGUUUUCUAGACGUUUUUCAAGUCAAAAAGAAAGAAAAGUGCAUUUUUAGACGUGCAAAUUUUCAAAAACAGUUACAACGACACUCCGCAAUUUACGAGCGCACUGUGUUUAGCAUUAGCGCCCCCUGGGAGACCGUGCGAAUGCGAUAUAUUUUUGCAGCUUCCUCGCCUCAAAACCGACAAGUGGUCGACGAAAUACGGUGAAGUGGAGGCGUUGGCGAAGAAGGCGCAAGUGGCCGAUUACCUGCUCACUCAGGCAUCCCUCGAGGACACUUUUAUCCGUCUCAACACCGCCGUCUAA